GUAAUUGGCGAUUUAGGAUUAUCACAACCUGCAAAUAAUUCAUCAAAUGAUGAAAUAUAUGGAGUAAUACCUUAUGUCGCACCAGAAAUAUUCAAAGGUGCUACAUUUUCAAAAGAGUCUGAUAUAUAUAGUUUGGGUAUGAUUAUGUGGGAAUUAACAACAGGUCGUAAACCUUUUUCUAGAGUUGAACAUGACGUUGAACUUAUUUUAGAGAUCAUUGAUGGUAAAAGACCCGAAAUUACAAUUGAUACUCCCGAUUGUUUUGCUAAUUUGAUGAAAAGAUGUUGGGAUUCUGAUCCCUCAAAAAGACCUUUCAUAACAGAAAUUAAAGAAACCGUUGAUGAUUGGUACAAAAAGCGUAAAAAA